GCUAUUGAGGCAUGAACCUGGUCUCUCCAUGAGAACACACCCAUAGAAGGCAGUGGAAAAGAAAGAAGCCUGGAAAGACCAUUAAAAUAGAGCAGCAGUGCACUUCCUUUAUUUCCAACAAGCCCGUUCGUCUCCGAGGAAUUUAACAGCAGUAGUCACACUAAUACUCAGCGCGUGGCAUCUCGAAAGGCGGUGGACAUUGUACUUUUCGGCUGUGUGAGGAACUGGAUCAUUAUCGCAGAAGAUCGUCUACCUCCCUCUAAUUCUGCUGUCAGAUAUUAAAGUGAAGCAAUGAAGAGUGGCAGGAGCUGUAUUGGCACACUUGUGGUGCUGGUACUGUUUCGGGUGGGAGAAAUCGCAGAAGCGUGCAGUUGUUCCCCCGUCCAUCCUCAACAGGCGUUCUGCAAUGCUGAUGCUGUAAUCAGGGCCAAAGUGGUUGGAAAAAAAGAAGUGGAUUCUGGGAAUGAUAUUUAUGGGAACCCCAUCAAGCGGAUCCAAUAUGAGAUUAAGCAGAUCAAGAUGUUCAAAGGCCCAGAUCGCCACAUCGACGUGAUCUUCACCGCGCCCUCAUCUGCAGUGUGCGGGGUGACGAAUUUGGAAACUAACGGCAAGAAGGAGUACCUCAUCUCAGGCAAGGCGGAGGCCAACGGCAAGAUGCACGUGACUCUGUGUGAUCUCAUCAUGCCCUGGGAAUCCAUGAGUGCCACCCAGAAGAAGAGCCUCACUCAGCGCUAUCAGAUGGGGUGUGACUGCAAGAUCACACGCUGUGCAACCUUCCCAUGCGAGAUAAGCACCCAAGCAGAGUGUCUGUGGACAGAUUGGGUGACGGAGAAGAUUAUUCAUGGGCGCCAGUCUGACCACUAUGCCUGCAUCAAGAGAGGAGAUGGCUCCUGCGCCUGGUACCGUGGAGUCGCGCCGCCCAAGAAAGAGUUUCUGGAUGUGGAAGACCCUUAAAGUUUCUCUCUCCCUCUCCACAUCACCCAAUCU